CCUUCUGCCUGCCACGGCCAGAGUGGGCAGUCAGUGAAUCUUCCCCAAGUCCCGCUGACAUUUAAUACCUGGUUUAGCGGCAAAGACUCAGAGAGGGGUGAAGCGGCCCCUCUGGCAUUCAGUGCCUAGGACUUCGCUCUGCGAACAGGGAAGGUGCUUCUCAUUAAGGCUCCUGACAUCUCUCUACGAUAAAAGAACUAUCCACAAUCAGAAAAUAUGUCACUUCAGAUGGUUACAGUCAGUAAUAACAUAGCCUUAAUUCAACCAGGCUUCUCACUAAUGAAUUUUGAUGGACAAGUUUUCUUCUUCGGCCAAAAAGGCUGGCCCAAGAGGUCCUGCCCCACUGGAGUUUUUCAUUUUGAUGUAAAACAUAAUAAUCUCAAAUUGAAGCCUGCCGUUUUCUCUAAGGAUUCCUGCUACCUUCCUCCUCUUCGCUACCCAGCCACUUGCACAUUCAAAGGAGGCUUAGAGUCUGAAAGGCAACAAUACAUUAUCCACGGAGGGAAAACACCAAACAAUGAGCUUUCAGAUAAGAUGUAUGUUAUGUCUGUUGUGUGCAAGAACAACAAAAAAGUUACUUUUCGCUGCACUGAGAAAGACUUGGUAGGAGAUGUUCCUGAAGCCAGAUACGGUCAUUCCAUUGAUGUGGUAUAUAGUCGAGGGAAGAGCAUGGGUGUUGUCUUUGGAGGGCGGUCAUACAUACCUUCUGCCCAGAGAACCACAGAAAAAUGGAAUACUGUAGCAGACUGCCUGCCCCAUGUUUUCUUGGUGGAUUUUGAGUUUGGUUGCUCUACAUCAUACAUUCUUCCAGAACUUCAGGAUGGGCUAUCUUUCCAUGUCUCCAUUGCCAGAAAUGAUACCAUUUAUAUUUUAGGAGGACAUUCACUUGCCAAUAACAUCCGCCCUGCCAACCUAUACAGAAUAAGGGUUGAUCUCCCCCUGGGUAGCCCAGCUGUGAAUUGCACAGUUUUGCCGGGAGGAAUCUCUGUCUCUAGUGCAAUCCUGACUCAGACAAACAAUGAUGAAUUUGUUAUUGUGGGUGGCUAUCAGCUUGAAAAUCAAAAAAGAAUGGUCUGUAACAUCAUCUCCUUUGAAGACAACAAGAUAGAGAUUCGAGAGAUGGAGACCCCAGAUUGGACCCCAGAUAUUAAGCACAGCAAGAUAUGGUUUGGAAGCAACAUGGGCAAUGGAACUGUUUUCCUUGGCAUACCAGGAGACAAUAAACAAGCUGUUUCAGAAACAUACUAUUUCUACAUGUUGAAAUGUGCAGAAGAUGAUGUGAACGAAGAUCAGAAAACAUUCACCAAUAGUCAGACAUCAACAGAAGACCCAGGGGACUCCACGCCCUUCGAAGACUCAGAAGAAUUUUGUUUCAGUGCAGAAGCAAAUAGUUUCAAUGGUGAUGAUGAAUUUGACACCUAUAAUGAAGAUGAUGAGGAAGAUGAGUCUGUAACUGGCUACUGGAUUACAUGUUGCUCUACUUGUGAUGUGGAUAUCAACACUUGGGUACCAUUUUAUUCAACUGAGCUAAACAAGCCUGCCAUGAUCUAUUGCUCUCAUGGAGAUGGGCACUGGGUCCAUGCCCAGUGCAUGGAUCUGGCGGAACGCACACUCAUCCAGCUGUCGGAAGGAAGCAACAAGUAUUACUGCAAUGAGCAUGUGAAGAUAGCAAGAGCAUUGCAAACCCCAAAACAAGUUCCCCCCUUAAAAAGGCCUCCACUGAAAUCCCUUCACAAAAAGGGUUCUGGGAAAAUUCUUACUCCUGCCAAGAAAUCCUUUCUUAGAAGGUUGUUUGAUUAGUUUUACAAAAACCUUCCAGAUUCAAGUACAUCGAGUUUUUA